AUUUAUUAUUAAUUUAUAUUUUCUAUAAACAAUAUAAGCGUUGCCGGCGUUUGGAAAAUAAAAUAAAUAACACAAUAUUGUGUAAUAUAUAUUUGUUAAAUAAACAAUUGCAAAUAUGUCGUACAAAGGACCACAAAAAGUUCAAAAGGUAAUGGUACAACCCAUUAAUUUGAUAUUCAGAUAUCUACAAAAUCGUUCAAGAGUUCAAGUAUGGUUAUUUGAAAAUAUUAACCUGAGAAUUGAAGGACACAUUGUUGGUUUUGAUGAGUACAUGAAUCUUGUUUUGGAUGAAGCUGAGGAGUAUCACAUGAAAACAAAAACAAGAAAACAACUUGGAAGAAUCAUGUUGAAGGGUGAUAACAUUACACUUAUACAAAAUACAAAUCCAGGAGGCAAUUAAUUAUUUAUCAAAAACAUAACCUUCAAUUUUGUCAAUAAAAAAUAUCCAUGAAUAACAACAAGAAGCAGAGAUUCAACGUCCAACAGUGAUUGACAUAAAGUGAAUACAAACUCUUGAUAAAAUUGAGAAAAAAUUACUUCAACAUUGAAUAACCAAGUGUUAUCAAAUAAAAAUCAACAAAAUAAAUAUUUACUAUAAAAUUUUUGUAAUUUUACUUCAUAAUCAUUCAGUUCAAUUACUUGUAAAUGAUAUUCUGCUAAUUUAAGAAUAAUUAUU